AUGGGCUCGCUAGAGGCUGCACACAGGCAUAGGGAUCAUCUCCCUGCUAUUGGUUUUCUAGGAUCUAGAGGUCCCGCCACAUCUCCUGCUCCUCUCGUCAGUCCGACAGCAAUGUAUCCGAAUAACCCUCUACCGUUCUCAUACUCGACGACGCCAACAAGCGCUGGACCCGGAUAUAUCUCGCCACCGGAACCACGACGUGCGGAGGAUGAGAAAGAGAAAGCGCCACGGCAGUCACUUCCAUCUAUACAUGAAGCGUUAGGAAACGACAAUCCUCUACCAUACCCCGCUCCAACCUCCGCACCUCCUCAGCAACCCAACAGUGCGCCACCUCCGCAUCACCUCUCCUCUAACUUUGUCGGACGUUCGAGUGGGGAAGGGCCAUCAGGUCCGCCUAAUCCGUUUUCAAAUGGAAGCUCCUUCCUCCGCGAAUCAUCACUAUCACACCAGCCACAACUACAGACCGAGCCGUCACGUUCAAGUUUAGCAUCAUUGAAUACGACCGACUCGAGGAAUGCUUCUCUCCACUCAAUCAGCUCAGGGAAAUCGCCGACGCAAAGUGCAAGCACUGGAAUUACUUCGAUAAAUGGUUCGCAGACGGGGCCAGCAUAUGACUACAAUGCUCCACCAUCAGCAGGGAGCGUUGCCUCGCCUAGCGGGUAUAGCGGUUUCUCACAACCUUAUCCAUUCCAGUCGCAACCUCCACCCGGAGCGCCUGUGUAUCCGGCUGCAGCAUACGAAUCGCGGCCUUACGAAGUGAAAAGCGGGAUUCCAGGGCCUUUCGGUCACCAGAACGACUCUGCAAAGCGCCACCUUGAUGUCUAUGAUAUCGAGUCAUCACUGACUGAGAUGGUUGACUUAAACACCCGGACAUUAGACUUCUCACGUCACUAUGCAAACAAAGCACACCAGUCUCGUUCUGGGCCUGUGAUGGGAGCUUUGCCUUCGCUUCACGAGGUGGAAGAGAUGAUCAACAUUCAGCGGCGGAAUUACGACGCUCUGAUGCGCGUAAGAGCUGCAAUAUACAAUCAAGAGCAUGCCAUGGCUGAGCAGAUGGCACAGCGAAAAGCGUUCAAGUUUGGCCACGAUGAUGACCGGAUGGCGAUGUACCAGGAGGAGUUCAAGAACAGCGGCGGGUUUGGGCCUGACUCGAAGAAACGACGAGGCAAAGCUGCUCCUCCCGGACGAUGCCAUAGUUGCAACCGUGCGGAAACGCCGGAAUGGCGCCGCGGCCCCGAUGGCGCGCGGACUCUCUGCAACGCGUGCGGUUUACACUACGCAAAGCUGACCCGCAAAAUGGGCGCCAAACAGGCGGCAGGGUUGGGGUCGAACCUCAAACCUAAAACCAUCGACUCCGUCUCACCGCGGAGUCAUUAA